AUGAGCGCGCAGCGGCUUCUGCAGCAACGGCUCCGGCAGCUCGAGCGGUCGACGCGCGGCAAGGAAGAAAGGAUUGUUCAGCUAGAAACUGAAAAUGCUCUGCUUCACCUGAAACUUGCGAAAUGUCAUGGAUCAGUGAGAGACAGUAGAGAAGAAGCAACGUGUUCACACAGGCGUUUAGAGGAUAUGCAAGUGAUUCAGAGAGAUGUCAGUAUUCAACUGUCUGCAGCAAUAAAGGGCUUGAAACAAGAGCUAAAGUCCUUGCAGUUACUGGCUAAAGACUUUGAGAAGUUUCAGGAGAAGUACAAGACAGCUUUGAAGGAAUUUUUAGCUGUCACUGAAAAGCAACAUGUAAACAAUCUGGAUGUGAAUCAACUCCAAGAGCGAAUCUUUCAGCUCGAAAAAUCUCUUCAGGAAGCUAAUGGUAGAUAUAAUGCUGAAAAGCAGAAAAGGAAGAUGCUUCACAAUGCCCUCACUCUAAUCCCAGUCAUGGGGAAUGCUUCUGGAGUAAACCCCAAGACAAAAAUUCGGAGCUGGAGUCCCUAA